GCUGGGGCGACGCACAGCAUGGGGCGCCGGCGCGGCACCCUCGAGCAGCUUGUGGAUAAGGCUACGAGCCAGCUUCUGCUGGAGACGGACUGGGAAUCCAUCCUGCAGAUCUGUGACAUGAUCCGUCAGGGAGAUACCCAAGCAAAAUAUGCUGUCAAUGCUAUCAAGAAGAAAGUCAAUGACAAGAAUCCCCACGUGGCGCUCUACGCACUGGAGGUCAUGGAGUCGGUGGUUAAAAACUGUGGCCAAACAGUCCAUGACGAGGUGGCCAAUAAACAGACUAUGGAGGAACUGAAGGAAAUACUCAAGAGGCAAGUGGAGACAAGUGUCCGCAGUAAGAUCCUGUACCUUAUCCAGGCCUGGGCUCACGCCUUCCGCAAUGAGCCCAAGUACAAGGUGGUGCAGGACACCUAUCAGAUAAUGAAGGUUGAAGGUCACGUGUUCCCGGAGUUCAAAGAGAGCGAUGCCAUGUUUGCUGCAGAAAGGGCUCCAGACUGGGUUGAUGCUGAGGAGUGUCACAGAUGUCGAGUGCAGUUUGGCGUUGUGACGCGGAAGCAUCACUGCAGGGCCUGCGGGCAGAUCUUCUGUGGCAAAUGCUCCUCCAAGUAUUCCACCAUCCCCAAGUUCGGGAUUGAGAAGGAAGUGAGAGUCUGUGAGCCCUGUUACGAGCAUCUCAACAAGAAAGCUGAGGGUAAAGCUGCUGCCACCUCCGAGCUGCCCCCCGAGUACCUGACCAGCCCUCUCUCUCAGCAGUCCCAGCUGCCUCCGAAGCGUGACGAGACGGCUCUGCAAGAGGAGGAAGAGCUCCAGCUAGCUAUUGCCUUGUCUCAGUCAGAGGCCGAGGAGAAGGAGAGAAUGAGGCAGAAAACAACCUACACCAUGUACCCGAAGGCUGAGCCCAUACCUGUCACCUCAUCAGCCCCCCCGGUCAGCACUCUCUAUUCCCCGCCCGUGAAUUCUUCUGCUCCCUUGGCUGAGGACAUUGACCCGGAGCUGGCUCGGUACCUGAACCGCAAUUACUGGGAGAAGAAGCAGGAGGAAGUUCGCAAGAGCCCCACCCCGUCAGCACCUCUGUCCCUCACGGAGCCAGCUGCUCAGCCUGGGGAAGCCCACCCUGCCCCGCUCAGUGUUGUUGAGUGCCCGACUCCUUUGUUCAGCCCAGUCACGCAGCUCUGCAGGCUUGCUGCUGGCUCUCGGCAUGUACGGGAGAGUUGAGGCUGACUGGCUGCCCUGUCCUUCCAGCAGCAGUACCAGAACGGCGAGUCUGAGGAGAACCACGAGCAGUUCCUGAAGGCGCUGCAGAAUGCGGUCACCACAUUUGUCAACCGCAUGAAGAGCAACCACAUGCGGGGCCGCAGCAUCACCAAUGACUCUGCCGUAUUGUCCCUCUUCCAGUCCAUCAACAACAUGCACCCCCAGCUGCUGGAGCUGCUCAACCAGCUGGACGAGCGCAGGCUGUACUACGAAGGCCUGCAGGACAAACUGGCACAGAUCCGGGAUGCCCGUGGGGCUCUGAACGCACUGCGGGAGGAGCAUCGGGAGAAGCUGCGCCGUGCAGCGGAGGAGGCUGAACGUCAGCGCCAGAUCCAGCUGGCCCAGAAGCUGGAGAUCAUGAGGCAGAAGAAGCAGGAGUACCUGGAGAUGCAGCGUCAGUUGGCCAUCCAGCGACUGCAGGAGCAGGAGAAGGAGAGACAGAUGCGCCUGGAACAGCAGAAGCAGACCAUCCAGAUGAGAGCCCAGAUGCCAGCCUUCUCGCUGCCUUAUGCCCAACUCCAGGCCAUGCCCGCAGCCGGUGGGGUGAUCUACCAGCCCUCUGGGCCCACCAGCUUCCCUGGCACCUUCAGCCCUGCUGGCUCCGUGGAGGGCUCUCCUAUGCACAGCGUAUACAUGAACCAGGCAGCACAAGGGGGCACGGCGCCGUACACCGCAAUGCCUGUCACAGGGACAGAUCCCAGCAUGGUGAAUGCCUACAUGUACCAGCCAGGCGCAGGCAGUGGGCAGGCGGCUCAGCAGGGGCAGGCAGUGCCCACCACCACCCCGGCGUACUCGUCCUACCAGCCAACUCCAACGCAGGGCUACCAGAGCGCAGCCUCGCAGUCGCAGAGCAUCCCGGCCAUCUCUCAGGCCCCUCAGUCGGGUGCCAUGGGCUACAUGGGCAACCAGUCGGUCUCCAUGGGCUACCAGCCCUACGGCAUGCAGGGCCUCAUGUCCGCCCUGCCGGGCCAGGAAACCGCGCUGAGCAGCUUGCCAGCCCAGCAGUCCUACCUGCCCGGGCAGCAGCCCCUCUACCAACAGAUGGCACCUGCUGGGGGGCCCCCCCAGCAGCAACAGCCCCAGCCGGCGCCCACCCCGGUGCAGCAGCCCCAGGGCAGCGGAGAGGCCCAGCUCAUCUCGUUUGACUGA